GACAUUAUUUCCAUAAAAAAGUUACUAGAAAAAAAUAUCGACCAUGGCGAAAAGAUCAUCAUCAUCAAUUAUUUUCAUUCUUCUGCUAAUUUGUCUCUUCCAUGGGAACACGAUCGUAGCAUUCCAGCGUCAUAGAUUAGGGCGGGGGACAGAGUAUUGCGACAGAUUCGCUUCUUUUCCUCAAAAGCUUUUGCAUAUCCGAGAUGGUUAUUGCUAUGACUCAGUAUGUGACAACGCAUGCAGAAACAAGUUUGGAGGUAUUGGACUACUAGUUGCUGGGCAAUGUGAGGACAAGUCUUGUGCAUGCUAUGCCCCUUGCUACGAUCUUUUUGAUCCACCACAAGCAGAUGCAAAAUUAAACUAACGAGAUAGACUAAUUUCCUUGCAACUAAAUAAAUGAAUUGGCAGACUCCAAUUAUCAAUUUUCUAGUUGUUACAAGUUAUUAUUUGGUAUGUUAUAUCUUUUCUUCCUGCUUUGUUGUUUAAUAGAUCAAUAGGG